AAUGUGCACUUAGCCUACUGCUUAGCAUCCUGGGAUACCUCUUUGCCUGUUUCAUUGGAUCUUCCAGAAGAUCGUGGCCAACUUUAUGCACUGGCAGAUAUUGCGGCGGGAAUUCAAGCCAUGUGUCAGUGCCAGAAUCUUCAGUGAAUGGGAUUUCUGCAUCCAAAGCCCAGAAGCAGCCACACUUAAGCAGAAGACUAUUUACAAUGGCCUUAAGAUAGACCUAGCAGAGGAGAUGCGACAUUUGCAAAACCAGCAACGGACAAGGAAGGAUCUAGCUCAGCUCUAUUUGCUGCGCCUGGUGAUAAAUUGUGUGAUCUUGCUGUUGAUGGCUGCAGCUUUCUACUUCAUCCACUUGGCCACAGAGAUUUCACAGAAAUACAGUCAGAAUGAUGCUGCCAAGCUUGGUGUACUGAGUCAGUACUUGCCACCUGUGACCAUUUCCAUAGCAAACAUCUUCCUGCCCUUCCUUUUUCAUAUUCUGGUCCAGUUGGAAAACUAUUCGCCCAACACUGAAGUCAACCUCACCCUAGUGAGGUGUGUAAUCCUGAAACUGUCCAGCCUGGGAAUGUUCCUGUUCUUCUUGGGCCACAGGGUUCUAUGUGUGGGAAGCAGCAGUGCUCUCCAAUGCCAGCCAUGUGGCUACAAUAAACUAUAUCAGUGUUGGGAGACCCACAUUGGACAGGAAAUGUACAAGAUGACUAUCUUCAGCUUCUUAACUACCUUGGCAUUCACUUUUCUUAUCAGCUUGCCCCGGAGCUUGCUGGCUAAGCAUUCAACCAGUGCACUGGCUCAGUGGCUUGGCAAAGAGGAGUUCCUGGUGCCACACAAUGUUUUGGAUAUUGUUGCAGCUCAAACUGUCAUAUGGAUUGGGAUAUUCUUUUGCCCACUCCUGCCUUUACUUGGCUGUGUCUCGAUCUUCCUUACAUUCUUUGUAAAAAAGUACACCUUAUUCCAGAACUGCCAGCCUUCAACCAAGCUAUUUCGAGCCUCCCAUUCAAAAUUCCUCUUUCAUAUCAUGCUACUGUUAGGCCUGUUCCUGGCCUGUUCUCCUCUGAGCUAUGUAAUCACCAGGGUUUCUCCGUCCCAUGCCUGUGGGCUCUUUAGGAACUAUUCCUCCUCCUGGCAAGCUGUGCCUGUGGCUGUGUCCCAUUUACCCCCCUCAGCACAGCUGGUCUUGAACUUUGCUGCUUCCAAUGUCUUUUGCUUCUCACUUUUGAUGCUGCUCAGCUUAAUUCUAACAGUGUACAUUUCACAGGCACAGGCCAAUAGAAAAGUCAUUGAAAGACUCAAGAAGCAACAUGUGCUGUGCGUCCAGGAAAAAUGGUGCCUGGUGAGGAAACUGGCUCAGCUGAUAUUGAAAUCACAAUGAGUCCGGAACUGUUGACCCACCAGGGAAAGUAAAGGAAAUGGCAGAAAUUCUGCUAGGAGAAGGAACAUGUAUUUUGCUUCUAAGAAAAGCAGAACCCACAGAGUGGCCAAAGUUUACCUGAACUAAAUGAGCCAUACUGCAAAAUAAGGUCUCAGUGAUCUGAACAGAGCUUCUAUACCUAUGUCUCUUAAAUAAAUAUAGUACAGUACCUGUUUCUUCACUUUAUUGGUUUUAGGCUGCACUUCUUGAAUCAGAUAUUGAACAUUCCAGUCUUCUGAAGCCUGCUGCUGCUAUGUACAGAAAAUUAUUAUUUUGAGAAUGAGCAAUUGCUGAGAAAUGUAUUUCAGUACCAUCUUUACUCCAAGAGAGAUCUAUCAAACAACAUCUGAACCAGAUAUAAGCAAUUUACCAAAGUGGCCCCCAGUUACUGCUAAAAGAGUACAUCUUCUGAUUUCCAAAUUAAAAACAGGCAAAGCUCCUGGCUGUGAUAACAUCCCUCCUGAAUUAUUAAAAGCAAAUACAGAUUGGUGGGCUCCUGUUCUCGCAAGUUUGUUUACAUGGAUUGAUUGAACGACACACAUCCCUGAGGAUAGGGAUUUAGCUAUUAUUAUUCCAAUCUAUAAAAAAGGUGAGAGAACUGACCCGGCAAAUUACUGAUCUAUCAGCUUGCUAAGUAUUAUCAGCAAAUUAUAUGCUUUGUACUUGCAUGAAAAGCUCCAGGACUGAAUAGAGCAAGAAAACAUUCUUGCUGACGAGCAAGCUGGAUUUAGAACAGGUUGAAGUACAGAUGGCCAUGGACUUAUUCUUCAACAUCUCUCAGAAAAGUAUGCACCAACUAAUGAAGGUCUUUAUAUUGCAUUCAUAGACUUCAAGCAAGCUUUUGAUUCAAUCUCAAAGGAAAACUGGAAAAAAUUGGAAUCUCAUAACAUAAAUAAGAGAUCAGUGGUGCUUAUGAAGAAGCUUUAUGGAAAUACCUAUGUGACAGUCCGAUGUAGCCCUGCUGGACAUUUAACAAGAAAAAUACCCACCUAUGUUGGAGUAAGACAGGGCUGCAUACUAGCCCCCAUCUUAUUCAACUUCUAUACUGUAUUAUCUCUUUAGUUUAUCAUUUGGAAUUGAUAAAAUCUCACCCCCCUCAUUUAACAGAUAGGCCGGUAGCUGUGCUAUUAUAUGCCGAUGACCUGGUGCUUCUAUCACAGACAAGAAUAGGUCUGAAACACCUCUUAAGCACUCUUGCUACCUACUGUAAAGAUGAGCUGUUGACCAUAAACUACAACAAAACAAAGGUUAUGGUAUUUAAUAAGAAAAAGACCAAACAUAAAUGCAGAUCAACGGCCAUCAAAUAGAUCAGGUUACCUCAUACAAAUACUUAGGGAUAACCUUUCAGUCAACAGGAUCAUGGAAUCUGCAAAUGAAGCCAUCGCAAGUGCCCAAAGAAGUACCAAAGCACUUCUUUCCUUUUUCUAUUCAAAAAGUGGCCAAUACAUCCCCGCAGCCAUCCAUGUAUUCAUCAGUAAAAUAAUUUCUCAGAUGCUGUAUGGUUGUCAGGUGUACACGCUUAAUGAUUACAACUCAUGUGAAGUAGCACAAACCAAAUUUUUAAGAGCAAUUACAAGAAUUCCAACAUGCAUCCCAAAUGUAAUACUCAAUUUGGAGACAGGACAAAUUUCUAUGGAGGCCCAAAUACUGAUGCUUACUGUGAAUUUCUGGCUAAAGUUGACUUUUCUUCCUGUGGAACUUACGCCUUUAAUUUUGGCAGAUACUUUCCAAUCUAAAUGAAAAAACUCUUUGACUACAAAACUACAAAAUCUGGGACUCACAACUAACACCCUUCAGUCCAUGGGAUAUUCUAAAGCUAAAACAGCCAUUAUGCAGCACAUAAAGGACACAGGAUUCCAUAACCAUCUAACUCAGUCUGCAAACUAUUUUACUUAUUGGGACUGUGUAGGACUGCUUACUGUGCCAAACUACAUCACGAACCUAUCGAUCCCCAGAUAUAGAAUAGUUUUCGCACUAGCUAGAUUAAAUGUUCUACCAUCAGCAUUACUGGAGGGUAAAUAUAGUAAGACUCCUGUUCAUGAGAAAGCAUGCCCCUGUAACUCAGGAGAUAUAGAAAAUAUUGGACAUGUAUUGUUUCACUGCCCUUUUUAUGGCAAUGCUUGCAGAGAUUUGAUCACUCCUAUACCUUUGAACGUACCUGGGAGAUCUGAAGCUUUUUAUUUAAAUUACCUAUUAUUAGACUGGAACUCGCAUAUAACUUAUAAAGUGGUACAAUUUUCUGCACUAGCAAUCACUUGUAGGAAAAGAACAACUGAUCAAAGUUAAAUGCAUAACAUUGUGUCUUGUCUGGUACUGCAUUUUGGUAAAAAUCUGAUAUCGCUAAUCUACUUUAAUUAUUUCUAUCUUAAGGUUGGAAGCCCAUAAAGGUCUAUUUUUAAUUUAAUUGAAGCUAUCAUAAUGUAACGGAAAUGAAUUAUUUUCAUUUCUAGUUGGCAGAUUUUUAUCCCAAGCAAUCUUUUUAUGUGUAUUAUUUUAUUUUUCUAUGUUAUAUUUUAUACUGAUGCUGGUCUUUGACUGUAAUAAAGAAUUUCAGAGCAAGGCGUAUGGCAUACAGUAUAUGACAUAAAGUGGCAAUAAAGAUAUACAUGCUUUAAGCUGAAGCAUUGUCACUAGUCUCCCGUGGAAAUAGUUUGCUUACUCAUUUGAUCACAAAUUUCUUGGUCAUUGAAAAUAAACCAAGUGUCAAGAAAUAUCAAAGUGCAUAUGAGUGGGUUUGUGUUAUAUAUAGUACUUAUGUAUCAUAUUAAUUAUAUUA